AUGGAUGUCGAAGGGGGUAUCGAAAUGCGACCUGCCCAAGAAGACAAAGGCUCUCGCGAGGUCUGCCGGCACAUUCAGCGUAGCUCUUAUCCCAGGCUGGUUGAUAUGUUUAAACGACGAUGGAGAAAUCUCCGCAUCCGGUGGCAAAAUUUGAUGAAGUUUGAACCAUCCCAGGAAAAUGCGUGCGUCCGAAUUCUUCACAAAGUUCCCGGUUUAAGGCAAAGUGCUAAGGCUGGAUUGCAUGUUUUGGCAAGGGCCUUCUGGUUGCUCGUGUUUGUAUUGUGCGUAGGCAUUGUUUUUUACAUCAUCCGGGAAGGCAUUCGGAGAACAAUGGGUCAUCCACUGACUGUUACGUUCGAAACAGAGGAAAUAAACAUUGGAGAUGCUAAAUUUCCGCAAGUCGGCAUUGGCCCAUAUAGUGGAUUUAAAUUGUCCUCCGUUUAUGAUGUCCUAGGAAAGCAAAGGGCGGUGAGAAUUGGUGUCAAGGUCGUGGCAAACGAUGGGUCGGCAUGGAGCAAGAAUGACGUGGAAGGAGUAAUGAAGGUCAUCGACCACGGUUGUGAUGGGGGUGCGAUAUUUGCUAACAAGAAUAACGUUAAAAUUUCCGACAAUGAGCAUAGCAGUUUCGCCAAGACCAGGGAACUUUUGGAAACUCAUGUGGACAACAUUACAAAUCCGGGCGUGCAGCAAAGAGUUAUUCCGUUCAUAAAGGAGGGAAUGAUAAAAUGUGCCGAUACCAUUAAAGGAUGCCUCUUGAAUGGGAAAAGUUAUAAUUGCAGUCUCUUAUUUAAAGAACACUUUUCUGCUUGGGGAAGUACCUGUGUCUUCAACGGGAUUCCUGUGAAAGCGACACGGCGCUAUUCAACAAUUCAAUCCGAACUGGGUGGAAGCACGAAUGAGGAAAUCAAAAUGUGGGUUGACGCCGAUUUAGACGAAGAUGUUGCAAAUGUUAACAGGAAAUUCGACGCAAAACGCCCUGCGAUACCAUGGAGGCAAAUGGCACCAGGUAAAUUAUCUGGACUCACGUUCGCCAUAAAAGAAGAGCUGGACAGAAAAGCCUGUAUUCACGGCGAAGGCACCGGGUUUACGUUGGCGUUAAAUAAUCCCCGGGACGAGGUACAAGUAGAAAGAUUUGUAGUAACACUGCCGUAUGGCCGUGAGAUCGACGUUACUUUAUAUCCUGAAGUCCUCCUCGCCGAGAAGGAUGCCAAAGACGUUGCUAUGAACCGGCGCGGCUGGUACCUCAGCGACGACAAAGGUGAAGCGCUUCUGGAUUUCUACAAAAAGUAUUCCAGACAAAAUUGUUUGGAGGAAUGUUUCGCCAAAGCAGUUUAUGAAAAAUGCAAAUGCGCAAAAGUCUCAUCUCCUGGAUUACCAGGGAGAACUUUAUGUUCAUAUGAUGAUUUAAAUCUUUGCGUCCAAGAGAAAGAAGAACAAAUGCAUAACCAAGGAUUGAAACUUUCGUGCCCAAAGUGUUUGCCCAAUUGUCGCGACAUUAAAUACCGGACAUCGGUGACCUCGAGCCGAAUGACAGAGAGCCGCAUGAAUGAUUAUCAGGCUAUGGGAGACUCGGAAUUUAGGAUUUCAGUUGUCAACGUCUUCUUCAUGGUAGACUCGAUCCAUCCGACUCGAAGAAGUGCAAGAUACAGUACCUUCGAAGAAGUUGGCCUUGUUGGUGGGACAGUUUCCAUGAUAACUGGCUUAACCUUGUUGGACAUAAUUGAGGCUCUCGUACUAAUCGCGGUAAUAGCCGUUGCAAAGUACAAGGUGUGGAAUAAUCUUCGAACUAUGGGAGGCCCAAGUUUUAAUUAG